AUGUUAGUGGCGGCCGGGGGAGGACUGGAGGAAAGCUUCAGCGCGGAGGCGGCACUGGCAUCGGUGGUGGGCACCAUCAAGGACUUGGGACUGAAGGUGGCGCCUCACAAAACGGAAACCUUUUAUUUUCAUAACGGCAGCCGUGGGGCGCCGCCGAGGUCCCGGGUUCUGAUGGAUGGAGUCCGCGUCCGUGUCGGGUCCACGAUAAAGUAUCUGGGCCUAACGUUGGACGGCCAAUGGGACUUUGGGCCGCAUUUUAGUCAGCUGGCCUCCCGGGUCCGCAAAGCAGGUAUGGCUCUUGCCAGCUUGAUGCAGACCCAGGGGGACUCCGGAUGGCACGCUCGCCGCCUGUACAUCGGUGUAGUGCUCUCGAUCGCCCGUAUGGGCGCCCCAGCUCAUGGCCACCGGCCGCAACAAUCGCCUAAUGCGCCAGGCGCUGCAGUCGGUGGUAGUGAGGGCGAUCAGGGAGUACUGCACCGUAUCGUGCUGACCGGACACGGAUGUUUCGGUCGGUACUUGCACCUGAUCGGGAAGAAACCCACCACACGAUGCCAUUACUGCCCGGUGCUCGAGGACACGGCUACCAUACGCUGGUCUCAUGCGAGACAUGGGGCCAGCAACGCCGUGUCCUCGCCCAGGUGGUGA